GUUCGCUUUGUUGUUGAAAUGGUACCCAAACAUCAGCUGGGAGUUGGUUUCCACGAACCCAUAUUGUGGCUCCAAUCACACGAUACUAUGGCGCUUGGCACCCCAGAAUAUCGCCAUUCUUUGUUCCAUUACUCUUAAGCGCUCUUUUUGAUUACUCGAGACACGUAUAUAACAUAGUAAAGUUCGCAUCUUGGCUGGUUGAAAUCGCGUUCGUUCUCUCCCGCCUCGAUACAGUAGGAUUCCACUGCGACCCCCCAUUUGCAACAUGUCCACGCCAGCGCCAAACGCGCCAGAAUCUUUCCAAAAAUGGCGUCCUAGAAACUGCAUAGAAUACCCCAAAUCAACCUACGAUUGCGGGCACGACGAAAAUAAAAUCCGGUGGGGCUUUUGCUGGAACGACAUGACCGGCCAAGGGACUUGCAACAAACAAAAGGUCAGGAAGCCGUACAGAAUAUAUGGCAACUGCAGUAAUUGCGAGAGAAACAUUGCAGCCGACAUAGACAGCAUUUUCGCUACGUUCAAGGGAAAACUCGAUCCCGUCCUCUUUCUGAGUCUUAGGCCCCAUAUCAACGCUAUCAAGGGGGGUUUGGGGGCUGCGGCACCAUCUGAAAGCUUUCCUAAGGACCGAGAAAAGCCUGCCUCUAUUCCUGCGUACAUCCGGAAGGAGAUCGCGUGGAGGUUCUUGGAGGCGAAAGGCCACAAGACCGUGCUUGGUUUGUUCCAUGAGUUGAAGGUCGUGACUCUUUUGGAUGCACAGUCUAGAAAACCUGAGGAACGGCUUUACUACAUGGUAGGGGAUGAUGGGAGGGUGGAGGGUUCGUCGUACUAUCAGUACAAAGGUAUACCACCGCCAGAGGAGGUUAGUGGCGACGCAAUGGAUGUCAGCGAGUAG